AUGACAGCCAAAUCAAAUAUUGAAGUGUCACAGAAUAAUGAUAAGGAAAUUUUUACCAAAGUUAUACUGCACCUGGAACAUGAAAAGUAUACGUUGUACGACAAGAACAGUCUAAAUCAGAUACGGACUCUUGUCACAACCGUGUUCUGUUCAGGGCGUCUAACAAAACGACUCAUGUAG